UAAUUUUUGUCAUUGUCUACAUCAUUUUCAAUACUACCUGCUUCCUUGGCUUGUACAGCGAGAUCGGCAGUGGUAAUCUAGAAGUGGUUUGUUCGAAAAUGGCAAUGUUUACUGUUGGCGGCUAUGCCAGUAGGUACAGUAAUUUUGUUACAUAACAUUAAGGAGUACCAGAGUUGGUUGACAGAAAUGUUCGCAAACGAACAGUUUAUGAACAAUCAUCCAAAUUCAACACUGAGGACCCUUUACCGCUUCACCAUCAAAAAUAUUUGGCCAUCACUUCUCGUCAACAUGAAUCAAUGGGCUCUUGGUACAGCAGUAGUGAUUUUUGCUGCAAUAAUGGUGUUAUUCAUAAAUGACAGAUUGGAACACGUUGACCAAUGCAGCGAUAUACAGAAGAAUUGCAGUAUGGUCCUUAUGGGUUAUUACUUCUUUCCUUGGGAUGCCAGUGAACAUUAUUGGUUGGCCAACAUGGAGGAUGUUGUGUUUGGUGCAAUGUGCGGAAUAUUUGCCAUAACAAGGGACAUCUUCUUUGCUUCUUAUAUCUGCUAUUUAAUAUGCAGACUGAGCCUACUGUCUUACGUAGUCGGACAUUUGGAACAAUUCAUCGAUGAGAAACUCGACAUGAUAAGGAAUUUCGACCAGAAAAUUGAUUUUCUUCUUGGACAAUGCGUGAAAGAACACCAAGAUAUCAUAAGAGAAUUUUUCAUUUUGAAGAAAAAUUCUUCGAAGAUGUUCUUCGUCAUGUUAUUGGUGCAUGCCCCUGCCGUUGCUAAUAUCACACUCACUAUUUUCAAGGGGGAUAGUACAAGUGCUUUUGCACUUUUCGUCUAUUGUGCUGCAUUUUAUGGAUGUACUCACCUGUACCUUAUACUUUCCUUAUCUGAGCAAUUAUCAACAGAGUGUGCUAAUCUGGCCACAUCUAUACAUUUCCUGAAGUGGUACAAAUUGAAUAUAAAACAGCAAAAAGUAUUGAAAUUCAUGCUCGUGAGAGCUCAAAAACCAUUCGUUCUUACGUGUGGAGCUUUGUUCCCAGCUAAUCUGAGUACAUUCACUAAGACAAUGAGAGCUAUAUACACGAUACUGAAUGCCUUCAUAAAUUUGAGCCAGUGAAAUAGUUGAUCUAUAGGUAUGGAUGUAGGUCGUAGGAAGUAAUAAUGAAUUACUUCAUGAAUAAAAACCAAUGUGAAUUACAUUACAUCAAUCAU